AUGUGGCUGAUCAAGUGCACGAUUCGCAUUGUACAGGAAGGAUCUAAAAUAUGUGGAGAGAAAUGUGUGAUUAAAUGUAGGGAGGGCAUUGGAAAGGGAAAUUCAGAAAGAGCUGUAGAAACCACUGUUACCAAAAUGGACCAAGAAAAUCAGACUUCUGAUGUCACCUUCAUCCUCUUGGGCUUCUCAGAAUAUCCAGACAUUCAGGUGCCCCUGUUCCUGGUCUUCCUGAUCAUCUACACAGUCACUGUGCUGCGGAACCUGGGCAUGAUCAUGGUCAUCUGGAUCAACCCCAAACUCCACACCCCCAUGUACUUUUUCCUCAGCCAUUUGUCCUUUGUCGAUUUCUGUUAUUCCACCACCGUUAUACCCAAACUGCUGGAGAACUUGGUUGUGGAAGACAGAAGCAUCUCCUUCACAGGAUGCGUCAUGCAAUUCUUUUUUGCCAGCAUAUUUGUGGUGACAGAAAUAUUCAUGCUGGCAGUGAUGGCCUAUGACAGAUUUGUGGUGGUGUGUUACCCUCUGCUCUACACAGUUGCAAUGUCCCAGAGGCUUUUCUUUUUGUUAGUGGCUACAUCAUACUCCAGGGUGACAGUCUGUUUCUUGACAAUUACCUUCUUUCUCCUGGAAUUAUCCUUCAGAGGAAAUAAUAUCAUUAAUAACUUUGUGUGUGAGCCUGCUGCCAUUGUUGCUGUGCCAUGCUUUGACCCCUACAUGAGCCAGAAAAUCAUUUUCAUUUCUGCCACAUUCAAUGAAACAAGCAGCCUGAUGAUCAUUCUCACCUCCUAAGAUUUCGUUUUUAUCAAUGUCAUGAUGAUGCCUUCCACUGGGGGGCGCAUAAAAGCAUGCGCGACCUGUUCCUCCCAGCUGACCGCCAUUAUCAUUUUCCAUGGGACCAUCUCUUUUCUCUAUUGUGUUCCUAACUCCAAAAGUUCAUGGCUCAUGGUCAAGGUGGGCUCUAUCUUUUACACAGUGGUCAUCCCCAUGCUGAACCCCUUGAUCUAUAGCCUCGGGAACAAAGACGUCAAAGAGACAGGAGGUUAG